UUGGGGAGUGCACGUGUCCUGAUGUGGUGCGCCAAGUUAUGAAACCUGGGGAACGUUCAUGACAACAGUGGAAAAGGCAAAACGAGCAGUUCGGGUAAAAGCGCAGGGCAUCAGGUUCCCCUGCACCCUCCUCCUCCCAUCUUUUUGGGUGAUUUUUCUUGCAAAGUGGUUAAUUUCCAGUUAAGAGUGUCUGAAACAUACAGAAGAUGACGUUGUUUCGGAGGUUCUGCAGAACUUUCAGGGUGAAUCCUUGGCUUGCUAGAAUGUUGAUUGUUUUCGCCACUAGUGGUGGAGGCGUUUUGGCAUUUUCUGAUGUUAAAUCAGAGAAUGGAAUGACCUUCGAUUCAAGUGAGGCUGAUAGCAAGAAGAAAAAAGUGGUGGUACUUGGAACUGGUUGGGCUGGGAUAAGUUUCUUGAAAAAUCUGAAAAAUCCAUCGUAUGAUGUCCAGGUGAUAUCACCACGUAACUAUUUUGCAUUCACACCAUUACUACCAAGUGUGACAUGCGGCACUGUGGAACCUCGCAGCAUUGCAGAACCAGUCCGCAACAUUGUCAGGAAGAAAAAUGUAAAUAUUCACUACUGGGAAGCAGAGUGCUUCAAGAUUGAUGCAGAAAAUAAGAAAAUUUAUUGUCGAUCUCAUAUAGCUGGCAAUCUGAAUGAGAAAGAGGAAAUUGUUGUAGAUUAUGACUACCUUGUGAUUGCCAUUGGAGCCCGUGCAAAUACAUUUAACAUCCCUGGUGUGGCGGAAAAUUGCCAUUUCUUGAAGGAACUUGAAGAUGCUCAGAAGAUCCGUAGGACUGUAAUCGAUUGUUUUGAAAGAGCCAGUUUGCCUAACCUAAGUGAUGAUGAAAGAAAGCGAAUUCUUCAUUUUGUUGUUGUUGGUGGAGGCCCAACUGGUGUUGAGUUUGCAGCAGAGCUUCAUGACUAUGUAAAUGAAGAUCUAGUGAGGUUAUACCCCAAGGUUAAAGAGGCAGUUAAGAUAACACUUCUCGAAGCUACAGAUCAUAUUCUGAACAUGUUUGACAAAAGAAUCACAGCUUUUGCUGAAGAGAAAUUUCAGAGGGAUGGAAUUGAUGUCAAAACUGGGGCAAUGGUUGUGAAAGUAUCAGAGAAAGAAAUUUCAACUAAAGAAGUUAAGGAUGGUGGGGGAAUAUCCACUAUGCCAUAUGGUAUGGUUGUCUGGUCAACUGGCAUUGGAACUCACCCUGUUAUCAUGGAUUUCAUGAAGCAAAUUGGUCAGGGUAACAGACGUGCACUGGCAACUGACGAGUGGCUGCGAGUAGAAGGAUGUGACAGUAUAUAUGCAUUAGGAGAUUGUUCCACAAUCAAUCAGCGCAGGGUCAUGGAAGAUAUAUGGGUUAUAUUUCGGAAAGCAGAUAAAGACAACUCAGGGACACUUACCAUUAAGGAAUUUCAAGAAGUGCUUGACGAUUUAUGUGAAAGAUACCCCCAAGUAGCACUCUAUUUAAAGAAUAAACAUAUGCGGACUCUUGUUGAUCUAUUGAAAGAUUCUAAAGGUGAUGCUGUAAAGGAAUCAGUUGAAGUCAAUCUUGAAGAAUUCAAAUCAGCUCUUUCCCAGGUGGAUUCUCAAAUGAAGAACCUUCCCGCAACUGCCCAGGUUGCAGCACAGCAAGGAUCCUAUCUAGCUGACUGUUUCAACCGUAUGGAAGAGUGUGAGAGAAAUCCAGAAGGUCCACUGCGCUUCAGGGGUGAAGGACGCCAUCGCUUCCGCCCUUUUAGGUACAAGCAUCUUGGACAAUUUGCUCCUUUGGGAGGGGAGCAGACGGCUGCCCAGCUCCCUGGCGACUGGGUUUCAAUUGGCCACAGCACUCAAUGGCUUUGGUAUUCUGUAUAUGCAAGCAAGCUGGUAAGUUGGCGUACAAGGGCAUUGGUGAUAUCAGACUGGACUAGGCGUUUCAUUUUCGGGAGAGACUCUAGUGGCAUAUGAAUAGCUGAAUGUUCUCUUUUUCUGAAGCAUGAUCAGUCUCCUAUGUUUUUGUUCAUAGUCCCAAAGAUAUAUGGUGAGUUCGGUUCAGUAAUGAUGUUGAGGUUGGUACAGUGGUCAAGAUGAGCAGCCAACCGGUGAGGUGAUGAAACAAAUUAAAUUCCGGACUUCAUCACCUCUCUAAUUAAUUUUCACAGAAUUAAUAAUUACUAAAUUUAGUUGUUCGAUUAACAAUUUCAAGCAAUUCCACUUAUCUGCAGCAAGACCUGCACGUUAUUGUACUAUCUGUUGGAAAUCAAGGACCACGCGAAGAUCAUUGAUGAAAUAGCACAAAUCAAUCUCCUUUUUCUGAUCAAUU